GCGUGCUUGUCUGCUUUUUCUUGAAUUGUCGUACAGCGCUUGUCGAUUUAUCUUACUGCGCAUUUCCUCCCAGAGUCUACUUGCGAUUGCAGCCUCAAUUCCACCAGCACGUCAUAUCUUGCAUUCGAAUACGAAUAUACCUUAUCAGUGAUCGACCCAUCAACCAUUCGUGAAAACACAGCCUCCCAAGCCGCCUACCAUGGGCCCUUCCAUAUCACUAUUACUGCAGCUCUUGCUCUUCAUCCCCUUUGUCCACGCCGCCAAUGCUACCGUCUCAGUCUACGACGAUUCCAAGAAAUACAAAUAUGACGGCUGCUACAAUGAGACAACCCAAGUCCCUGGCUCGGCCGAUACGCGUGCUCUGGGUGGCGGAAUUGAUGAAAGCCUGCCGGGCCAGAUGACGGUACCGAUAUGUCUCGCCUUUUGCGGUAAUGGCAAUACAGAGUACCGAUAUGCUGGGCUGGAGUGGUCGAGAGAAUGCUGGUGCGCCCAGACGCUUGCCGGAAUCGCAGAGAAGCUCGACGACACGGCUUGCAAUUACCCUUGUGAGGGUGACAAUACAACUGCCUGCGGUGGCUCUUUGAAGCUCACAGUUUAUCGUGUGUCUUUAGCAAGCGGGCUAUCUCCUCCAGGUCUGCUUACUCUUGUCUCGACAGGACUGGCGAUGAUGACGAUGUUAUGAUGAUGUAGAUAUGGAUUAUGAUUAUGAUUACAUGUAUGCUUGCUCUUGAAAUCUGUUUCAUUGGUUUAAAUAGACUUUCUUCUUUCUUCCUCGAAAAUAGAAUGCUUCUGCAAGUUGGACAACUAGAUACAGCCUUGUAAGCCUUAAAAAGGAGCCAGCGUUGCUCAUGAGUUAUAGAAGAACCGCUCAAGUAAAUAAAGGAGAGCUCAUCCAGCACCUCACUUCUAUUAUCCAACCCCCCAGCAUAGCCCAACAAGGCAAUUAUGAAUAACAAGGGUUCUAGCUCUAGUCGUAACACUUUGCUUGCUGUAAAAUACACAGGCACUCAAGGCUGGUGCCAAGUUCUAUUACAGGCGUUACUCCUCAGUUGCCUUUCGCAACGCUGCAUCGCAAUGUAUCAAUGUAGUAUCAAAAACUGGCACAGGCACAUUGGUCUGAUUGAGGAGCAUGCCAACCUCAGUACAACCGAGGAUUAUGCAAUCAGCUCCUCUUUCUACCAGCCGUCUCGCAAUAGAAAUGUAAGUAGCCUCACUUUCCUUGGAGACAAUCCCACAACAAAGCUCCUCGUAAAUGAUGCGAUGCGUCUCGACGCGGUCGGCUUCGUUUGGGAUGAUUGGAGAAAGACCUGAUGCAAUAAGCCGAUCCUUGUAAAAGGGCUGUUCCAUCGUGAAAGCCGUGGCCAUUAAGCCCGGCGACUGGAAUUUCUGGUCCUUGAUACUAGCCGCAGUGGCGUCUGCAAUGUGCAGCAGUGGAAUUGAUACGCCCUUCAUCAUUUGGUCAGAAAGUUUGUGCAUAGUAUUUGUGGCCAGAAUAAUAAAAUCAGCUCCUCCUCGUUCGAGGGCUUUUGCCUCUUUGUUCAAGAUAUCCCCAGCGUCUUCCCAUUUGCCGCUCACUUGCAGUUCUUCUAUCCGAGCAAAGUCAAGGGAGCGAAUGAGGAGUUCGGGGGAAUGAAGCCCGCCGAGGCGUUGUCUCGUAAGAUUGCAAAGUUCUUGAUAGUAGAUCUGUGUCGACGAUGCCGACAUGCCACCCAAUAUGCCUAUGGUCUUCAUGGUGUCGUCGGUUACGAUAAAGUGGCUUGUAGUCAAAUCUUCAGUCCUGGUGCCUUGAGAAAUUCAAGCUUAAAUCCAAGCUUUCCCCCUGCUGUUCUAUCGCACGAAAUUCAGCACGGGCAUGCGACACUUUAUGUCAUGUAUUAUAAAGGGCUCCAGUGAUCGAAACCAGUUAUGAGUCACCUCCACAGGGUCUUGAUCCCUCGAGACCGGCCUAGCCAGAC